AUGAAUUUUGACUUACCAGCAGACCUUACCUCUUACAUUGAGUCGAUAGAUUCCUUCAUCCACUCGACCAUUCUUCCGUUACAGCACUCCAAAAGAAAUAACCGCUUCUUCGAUCAUCGUCGCGAGUAUGAACGAACUGACUGGGAAAACCAUGGAAAUCCACGACAAGAAUGGGAGGAACUAUUAGGCAAAGCACGCACCCUAGCGGAUGAUGCUGGCUUCUACCGAUUUGCGCUCCCUGAUGUCUACGGGGGCCAGUCACAUCCAAACACAAAUUUGUGGAUGUCGGCCAUUCGCUAUCACUUGUCCUCACAUCCGGUCUAUGGUGGAGGUUUGGGGCUUGCCAAUGAUUUACAAAAUGAACAUAGUAUCGUUGGGAAUUUCCCCGAUAUUCUCAUGCUUCACCAUUUCGGCAACCCAGAGCAAAAGCAGACAUUCAUUAAUGCACGUCUGCGGGGGGAGUUUCGGACGACAUUUGGUCUUACUGAGCCCGACCACGGAAGUGACGCAACAUUCAUGUCUACUACAGCAUGCCGAAGUCGCGAAGGGUUUCAAAUCACCGGGGCGAAAAAGUGGCAAACAGGGGCGCAUCAUUGUACACAUUUUUUGAUUUUUGCGCGCACUUCUGGUCGAAACGGUUCGACACGAGGUAUCACUGCCUUUUUGGUCCCUCGUGAGACACGAGGAGUUCGCAUAGUCAGUUAUGAAUGGACACUGAACAUGCCGACCGACCACGCAACAGUGGAACUUGACAGCGUGUGGGUGCCCGAAUCGGCGGUUUUAGGAUCCAUCGACCAAGGACUCGCCAUCGCGCAGACAUUUGUACAUGAAAAUAGAAUUCGUCAAGCGGCUAGCUCUUGCGGGGCCGCACGAUAUUGCCUCGACCGCAGCAUUGAACGCGCCCGGUCGCGAAAGAUAUGGGGUGAGGGAAAGACAUUGGCCGAUAAUCAGGCUAUUCAAUUCCCGGUAGUCGAGUUGAUGACACAGGUGGAGAUGUUGCGACUUUUCAUCCUGAAGACAAGUUGGGAGAUGGAUCGGAUUGUGGCCGAGUGCCAGGUUUCAGGUCAACCGCCGUGGGUUGCAAUCGAACGACAGCUGACCGACCAGGUAGCCAUGUGUAACUUUUGGGCGAAUCGGUUAUGUUGCCAAGCGGCCGAUCGAGCAAUCCAGAUUCACGGGGGCGAUGGAUACUCUCGCCACUAUCCCUUUGAGCACAUAUAUCGUCAUUUUCGUCGGUAUCGAAUCACAGAGGGAGCAGAGGAGAUCCAAAUGCGUAAGAUAGGGGCGUACAUAUUUGGAUUUGCAGGUCCAAAUAAGAAAGAUGUCGAUUUUGCUGUGGAUUCCAAGGCAAAGAUUUGA